UUCUUCUUCUUGUUUUUUUUUUUUUUUUUGGUGGACGGGAGGUUUAUUCUACAGUUUUAUGUGCUCGAGAAUUUUAUGACGCCGGAAAAGACAGAAUCUUCUUUUUGCUAGACAGAUUUGUUUUCCCCUUCGAAUACAAAGGAAAGAGAAGUCAGUAGAGUCCAUAGCUGACGUGGCACAUGAUGAGGCGUUAUCCUUCCAGCAUAUAUGGAUAAGCCUAUUAUCAACCUGCGAAGGGACAGAGCCUCUUACAGCAAUCAGGCAAUGAGAGAAAUUUUCUAGGAUUUAUCCUCAAAUUUGUUUUCUUUUUGGUAUCGGAAUAUCAAUUCAUUUUCGUAGAAACCCGGAAUUUCCUUCUUUGUAUCUUCCAAACAUUCACUUUCCAUGUGGAGUCACCUUCUCGAUUGGAUUUGGAUCCUUCUCCUAUGGGCUCUGCUCUGUUCUUCUAACAUGAAUUUAUGGCUCUGAUUGAGCUCCCACUGCUUGCGAAGCCGGAGCCGAUGAUCUGUGCAUUCCAUUUGGUUCCUCUGGCAAUUUAGUCCGAUAUCCAGUGCUCACUGAGUUUCCUUUUAGUCAGUGUAGCACUUCGAAGCUUCGUUUCGAUGACAUUCAUACGCUCCCCUCACUUUUUGAACCCUUCUUGCUUUUCUCCCCAUCAGUCAUCCACCCGCCAUUUCGCAUUCCAAAUCAGAGCCCAAACAGCCCCGCAGGUUACCGUGACAGCCCCACAAUCCUCAUCAGACCCGAAUCCUGGAGUCAUUGUCAUUGGGGCGGGCCUGGCUGGGUUAGCAGCGGCGACCCGCCUAACCUCCGAGAGGAUCCCAUUUCUGCUGCUCGAAGCAUCCGACUCUGUUGGCGGGCGGGUUAAGACCGACCUUAUUGAUGGGUUCCUCCUCGACCGAGGCUUCCAGAUAUUCAUCACUGCCUACCCUGAAGCUCGAAAACUCCUGGACUACAGCUCCCUAGACCUGCAAAAAUUCUACUCUGGUGCGCUCGUUUACUAUGAUGGCCAGUUCCACACUGUGGCUGACCCUGUUCGCCACUUCUGGGACUCUCUUGGUUCCCUAACUAACCAGAUCGGGUCUAUUCCUGAUAAGCUGCGGAUUGGCUUGACCCGGCUUCAGGUCCUUGGCAAGUCUGAUGAGGAAAUUUUGAGUGCGAGUGAGGAGCCCACCAUUGAUAUGUUGAUGAAACUCGGGUUUUCGGAUGCAAUAGUGGAUCGGUUCUUUAGGCCAUUCUUUGGAGGGAUUUUCUUCGACCGGGAACUCGGGACAACCUCGAGAUUAUUCAAUUUCAUCUUCAAGUGUCUUGCACUAGGUGAUAAUACUCUUCCUGCUAGAGGAAUUAGCGCAAUUCCUGAGCAACUGGCACAGAAACUUUCUCCCAAUUCGAUUGUAUUCAACAAGAGAGUAGUGUCGAUUGAGUCCGAAGAAUCGGGUUUGCCAGGAGUGAGAUUAGAAAAUGGAGAAUUACUGAGAAGCAAGUUUGGGGUGAUAGUUGCAGUUGAGGAACCUGAAUCUUUUAAGCUCUUGGCAGGAAAGGAUAAACCCGAGGCAGCCCCGAGAAAGCCGGUUCGAAGCACAGUCUGCCUGUACUUCUCGGCGGACCGGGGCCAGAUCCCGAUUCAAGACCCAGUCCUACUCCUAAACGGAUCAGGCAAGGGGAUUGUCAACAACAUGUUCUGUGCAACCAAUGUAGCCUCAUCCUAUGGCCCGCCCAAUAAGGCGCUCAUAUCAGUGUCACUGAUCGGGCUGUUUGAGGAUCUCUCCGACAACGAUCUCACGGGUCAGGUUUUACGGGAGCUAUCAGGAUGGUUCGGGGAGAAGAUUGUGAGGUCUUGGAAGCACCUCAGGACUUACCGGAUUGGGUUCGCUCAGCCAAAUCAGUGUCCGCCCACCGACCUGAUGAAGAACCCGAGGGACAGGCCGGGUGUCUAUGUUUGCGGUGAUUAUAUGACUUCUGCUACUUUCGACGGGGCUUUGGUUUCGGGAAGGAUGGCUGUCGAGGCUUUGCUCAAAGACAAAGCCAUUUCCCGGAUUUGAUGUUACUUUGUCCUUCUGACUAAUCCUUCUCCAUAUAAUAUGUACAAUAAUUCCCAGAAAUGAAAUGCUUGGCCUUCUUUAACGA